AUGGAUAUCGUUAUAGUUGGGGCCGGACUUGGUGGGCUUGGCACUGCCCUAACCCUCAAAACCGCCGCGCCUUCGCACAAUGUCCUUGUACUCGAGUCCGCUCCAGAGUUGGCAGAAAUAGGAGCAGGCCUUCAACUCACCCCGAACACGACCAGACUGCUGCUCUGCUGGGGCCUGGGAGACAGGCUUGAAAAGGUCGCAACAAAUCCGGAGGUUUUCACCAUUCUACCCUACAAGGGAGACAAAUUACUUGGUAGACGCAAUGGCUUUGGGAAAGAGAUGAUUUGCAAGUAUGGAGCGCCAUUCUGGGACAUGCACCGUGCGGACCUGCAGCUGGCCAUAUUUGAACGUGCCCAAGAGCUUGGUGUCAGGUUCAGGUUUGGCGCAACAGUUACCAGUUAUGAUUUUGAGGGCUCAAAAGUAUCACUCGCCAAUGGCAACGAAGUUCCGGGUGAUUUGAUUAUCGCUGCUGAUGGAACAAUGAGUUCGCCGCUGCCCACAGGUGAUUUAGCUUAUCGCAUUGUAUUGAAUACCGACAUGAUCGAGGACGAAAAUCUGAGAGAGUUCGUCUCGAAACCUCGAGUGCACCUUUGGGUCGGGCCUGACUGUCAUGCCAUUUACUACCCACUGCGCAACAACACGAUGAUCAAUAUCAUGCUUCUCAUUCCCGACGAUCUUCCUGAGAAUGUAGCCAGAGCCCCUGGCGAUAUUGGUCAGAUGAGGGAACUUUUUCGUGACUGGGAUCCACUUCUACAGCGCCUCUUAGCACUUGUUCCUGAAGUUCAAAAGUGGCGCUUGAUGAACAACACGGAAAUGGAUUCGUGGUGCGAUGAGAAAGGAACGAUUGUAUUUUUGGGCGACGCUUGUCAUCCAAUGUUGCCUUAUAUCGCGCAAGGAGCCAAUUCAGCCCUGGAGGAUGCAGCAGUUCUCGGCACCCUCAUUGCCAAAGCACAUGACAAAUCGGAUUUCCCAGCCCUCCUCCAAAUAUACCAGCAUCUGCGGAAGCCACGCUCCUUGGCAAUGGUGAAAGGGGGCCUCAGACAGAACAGCAGCAGCGCGACAAAAAUACUGGAAGAACAACUUGAAGAACCUCUGCCAGGUUAUCCCUUUUAUUGGCUGGAUCCGCAGGCCCAGGGUUGGGUUUAUUCAUACGAUGCCGUUGAGGAGUUAGGAUAUACUCAUAUAUUUUAA